AAGAAUGGCUGGCUGGAGUGGGGGCGAUACUACGCGCUCGGUGGGCUGGAUGACGGCGUCAAAGGCUGCAACGCCACGCCUUGCCUCGAGGGACCCACGAAGCCCCUCGACUGGCAUGUCAUCACCAAUGCCGACUAUCGCUGCGCCCGCUACCAGAUGCUGAGCUGCCAGCGAGCGCUUCAGAGUGCGAGGGAGCAGGGAGGCGCGGUCAGGCUCUGGGAGGAGCUCCUGGAAGAGGCAACGGAGCAAUGGCUGGGGAUCCUGCGUCGUCGCUUGGCAGGCAACACCCUCCUCUACCAGGCCGUUUGCCGCUCUUCUGGGUCGUGGAGGAGUGACGGGUUGCGGGCGGCAUCGAAGGAGUCGAGCGUCCGAGCAAUGACGAGGGCCCAAAGGCACCUCUACGGCGGCCUCAGGAUCCUCGCCUCCACCAGCAAGAAGACGGCUCUCUGGACCGUCGACGGAAAUGCUGCGGACGGUCUCUCUGGCGCCUCGCUCCACUUCAUGGAGCUGGUACUGUCAACGAGGCCCGCUGAGGAGCAAGCCGCGAGGAGGCAGGCCGAGAAGGAUUGCCUGGCCCAGGAGGAAGCAGAGGCAGAGGAGUUGGGGCCCGCGCUCGAGCAGCUUGCGCCGCCCAAGUACAAGAGGGGAGUACUGGGCGGCAUCACGGUCUCUUCGACUGGCGGUGUGUGGCUGGGGCCGAAGACGCACGUGAACAUCUCACCAACAAAGGCCAAACUGCUGCGAGACAUCUCGCACAUGCAAGAGGGCGAGUCGGUGCCUGCGUGGGUCCGCAGGGUAUGGACGCAGGAUGAUGGGGAGGACAACUUUGUGGGCGGGAGGUGCAAGGCGUGGUGGACGUUUGAGAUCCUGCCAGUGGGGUCUCACGAGUGGGUCAGGGUUCCCUUCACUAUUUUGACGGACAACUCGCCCCUGCGGGACCCAAACGAGCUCCUCGCCAUGAUGAUGGAGAUCGAGAGGGUGGGUCUGGCUAGGAGGACGAUGACUAUGGAUAAAGCAAGAUGAUCCGCACAAAGUCAUCAACGUAGCGUCUUCUACGCGUACGCCUCACCUAGCGCGGCUUCCUUACCAGCUCAGCAAGUCGACGCCCAAACCUGGCUGGGCAGGUGAAGGAGUUCGAUUCUAUUCGCGACGAGCCAGAAAUCUCACCGGUCCAAACAGCACCACCGGCGUUGUGCCUUUAUCGCCCACCA